CGCCCCUCCUCAGAUCCAGGGCGCGGUCCCUCCCUCCCCCCUCCGCCUGAAAUCAAGCCCCCGUCGCCCUAUCCGCGGCACGGCCACGCUCGCUUGCCUGCCUGCCUGCUUCCCCCCCAAUCCCUCUCUUCCUCUCCUCGCAGAGGGAAGAAGAAGAAGAAGCCCGAUUGGUCACCCCUCUCCCCGAAUGGGAGGCUGGUCGACCCCGCGCCAAUAAGCAGCACCUCGGCGGGUGGGUGGGUGGCCGGGGGGAUUGGUUCGCUCGCCCCGCUCCUUCCUUCGAUCCAGCCGAUCGAUCCCAGUCGAAUCCAAUCCAAUCCAAUCCAAUAAUUUAUUCUGCUUCUCCUCGCCGGCCGCCGUCCGCCGUCUUCGCUUCGCCUGGACCUCCCACCCGGUUGGUUGGAUUUUAGAAAGUUUCUCCCGUUCGUUCCAUCCUUCUGUUUCGAUUUGGGAUCUUUAGUUCAUCGGCUGCCCGGCGGUUUCUUCAGCCCCAUUUGAUUUCACUUAGGUCCAUUCAGUACUCAGCAUAUCCGUUUGCCUCCGAUCGAGCAAGAAUAUAUACGCAGCCGCCGGCUCGUGCCAGACAUGGAGCACGCGAUGCCGACGAUGGCCGCGGAGUCCGAGGGCGCGACCACCGACGACGACGUGCACCUCUCCCCGACCAGCGUCAGCAGCGGUGGUGGAGGAGGAGGAGGAGGAGGCCCCCCCAGCGUCCGCUUCAAGAUACUCUGCAGCUUCGGCGGCCGCAUCAUGCCCCGCCCGUCCGACGGCGCGCUCAAGUACAUUGGCGGCGACACCCGCGUCCUCGCCGUGCCCCGCUCCAUCCGCUUCCGCGAUUUGAAGAAGAAGGUGGAGGAGAUGUUCAAGACGGAUGUGGCGGCCAUCAAGUACCAGCUGCUCUCCUCCGACGACCUCGACGUGCUCGUGUCCGUCACCUGCGACGAGGACCUGGCCCACAUGCUCGACGAGUACGACCGGUUCGAGGCGAAGCGGUCGCCGUCCGCGUCGCCCCGUUUCCGCGUCUACGUCUUCGUGCCGCAUCAGGUCUCCGCCUCGUCGGCCGCCGCCGCCGUCGCCGCCCCCGUCUCCUCUUCGCGCCACGUCAGCUACGCCCGCAACCAGCCGCACUACCAUCCCCACCACCACCACCUCCAGCCGGAGCGGGAGCGCUACGUGGCCUCGGUGCCCGGCACGCCUGACGGAAGCCCGCCGUACCCGGACCAGCCCAACGGUGUCGCCUCGGCGGGGAACUCCCCGCGCGCCAACAUCGUGGAGCAGGCCGUGUUCCGCGGGGGGAUGCAGCGCGUCCGGAGCUCGCCCAACCUCGGCGGCCUGAACGCGGCACCGCUACCCUUCCAUGACCACGCCGGGGACAGCCCCGGAGGCCUGGCUGGAUACAUGAGCGGCUCGCCAGUGCACCCGGGCGCCGGCCACAUGUUCUCGCAGGGCAGCUACAACCCCUACCGCAGCCCGCAGCCGCAGUACUCUCCAGCGCCCGUGCCCGUGCCGCACCACGCCGGCGUGGCCGGGAGGUACGACUCGCGCGGCGGUUACGCGCGGGGCGGCAGCUACAAGGCGGCGCCGCUGGCGCCAGCGCUCCGGUCUGGUCGGCCGGUCAGCAGGAGCGGCGGGGCGCCGUACAGCGAGAUGCAGACGCCCAAGAAGGCGGCGACGAUCUGGGACUGAGGUGGUUCUGCAGCGGUUCGGUUCAGGGCCAUGGAGUUGGAGGCAGCAACUUGCAACUUGCUUGAGAUGUAAAUACAUGGAUACUUCCAUGCGGCCUUGUUAGCAGGCUGUUUUGUUGUUGAAAUGUUAUCCAGGCUGAGAAUUAACAAAUUUUCUUCA